AGACACUGUUUUUACGACUUUCGCAACGAAUAACGGUGCUGAAUGACGCUUUGCAACAGAAUUACCACUAUUUGAAUUGGUACAUCGCAAGGUGUACGUAUUUUAUCUUACAAGGAUCUUCUUUGGCCGACAUACAUGACAACAUCUCUUGGAUAAUAUACUUCUCUAUUUCGUGGUGGAUUUUAUUUCUUCUAGGCCUUAGAGGCAACAUUUCCAAGUUACGUAUCCAUUCUGUGUCAGUGAUAUAGCAUUGGAACACAAGAAUGGAUACAGCUCCAGUCAAUCUAGACAGCAACACGGUUAUUCAUCAAUCCUCAAAUGUACCACGUUCUGUAGGUACAGAGGAAUUAAACAAUGAUAUAACUAGGUAUGCAAGUUUACAAUCUUCUGAAUUGCCAUCGGAAGACCCACUAUCUGCACUACCCACGUCCCACAAAGACGGGAAGACCAACCUGAUGAGCUUGGCGUCUAUUGAAACCCAGCCAUCAUUUGGUCAAUUAAACACUAACUAUGCAAGGUCCGAAUUAAGUUUCGAUGGUGACAAGAAGGUCAAUGGAUAUGGUACGCAAUAUAAUGCCUUCUAUGGCCUCGAAAACAACUGGUCGUACAACAACUCUCAAGCCAUUGACCCUAACGACCCUUUGCAAAACCAACUUUCAUUGGACUCACAAGCAUCGCUCUAUAACAGUUGCACAAAUUCAACGGUGGCCAAAUUUGAGGGAGAGGCCCUGCAAAUCAGCAACAACCAAAUACAGUCAUUCAACCAAGAGCACCUACAGCAGCAACCCAUCCUUCCGGUAACCUACAACCAGAAAGUUGUUGCUACUAACCCAUCCAUAAUAGUGGAUAGGAACGAACGCUCACUCAUUGUACAAUGGUUUGAAAAUGACGUCAAACGGGAACAGAGAAUAUCAUACAAAAAGUAUGGUAACGCAAAGGCACACCAAAGAGCCGAAAACCUAAUUGCCAAACUACUUAACGGAUCCACCUUUGACCAAUUGUACCCAGAAAAGGGACCACCAAUCCUAACCAUCUUCGAAAACGUCGGAGUGUACCAAGUGUCACUCACACGUGAUAGAAUACUUAGGGAAUGGAGGGUCGACUGGGUCAACAACACAGGAGCCAAAAUGAGGGCCAGAUGGUCAUGCAAAAAGGUAGGAAACGACGAAGCGAAAAACAGAGCCGAAAUGUUCGCUAACAGCCUUAUACAAGGCAACUUUAACCCAAGACUACUGCACAAAGCCACGGGUACCAGGCUUUCAAGAAAUGAUAUGAAAUUCAGUGCUGUAAUAAAUGAAAAUGAUUAUGGCAAGACCGAUACAGUGGCACCACUCACCAGAGUUAAAAAAACAGAUACCAAGGAGAAUUCAAAGAAAAGGAGAAGCACUGGUAACUCAAGCGCUCGGAAGAACAACAAUAAAAAUAACAACUUAUGGAAAGGUGAUCAGGUGGAUUACUACAAAGGGAACAAAAUGGGAUCGCCAGAUUUCCACAGCGUAUCUACCGAGGGCUCAUUCACUGGAUACUACAACGUCUUUGCCGAAUCUGAUAAUAAACUCCCAAUGCAAAACGGAGCAUUCGGCCCACUCGGGCCGCAUGGCGAUGCCCUUAUACCACACAAUUGGCAGAAUUUCUCAGCAAACCAAAAAAUGCCCUAUGGACAAGCUCACGAUUGGAACUACAAUGACGCACAAAUGGAUUACAUGUAUAACCCUAUGUAUGGAAACAUGCCAGGGGAUAAUAUGACAAACGUUGAUUGGAUGGGCAUGCCUUGUAUGGAUAACUAUGCUACCAAUGGACUUGAUGCACCAUUGACAGUAUGCGACCUAGCCGAAGACAACAAACAAAAUGGCGACGCACAAAACAACAACUGUUACAUGCCGUACUACCACAUGUACCAACCUACUCAAAACCCAUGCUUCCAGGAUUCCUUGUGUACACAAAACACAAUGACCACCACCCUAAACGAAACGGAAAGCAUACCCGACCAUUUGUCAUACUCAGCUCCUCCAUACAAUGAUGGCGAACACAAAGUACCAGAUCUCGUGUUGCCACAAGCUUACGUAACACCUCAAGAUAGCGAACGCACUGCAAGGUCAUCAUGUGAUACAGGUAAAAUAUCACAAAGUAGACCCGAUGAAUCUAACAUCGAAACCGCAAAGGACAUACCAAACAACAUAUCAAUGACAUGGCCAGGAUAUGAUGGUAUGAUGAACAAUGAAUAUGAAAUGAACGGAAAUAUUGAUAUGUACCUACCGGAAAACAACAUCAUGCCAACACAGAUGUUGGACCCAAAGAAAUUAAAUACUGACAGAACCAAGCACUAUGAACCAAAUCAAAUGGUUCAUGAUGUGCCAGAUUACUUCAACAGUACGAAUGUGCAUAAUGGAUUGCACCCUCAAAUAACAAAAAUUGUCGACAACAUGGGACAAGUAUACUACUAAUCGCACAAGGGGCUUUAUUGCCAUUUAAAUCAUCAAGAACUCAUAUGAAGACGAUUUAAACAAACCCACAUCUUUGAAAAACCACGGGCAUUGUCAUGUGCCUACAUGGCUACCAACACAAAGGAGCUAUCAAAUGGGCGACCCAAAGACCACGUUGUACGUGGUUAAAUUCUGCACGGCAGAACUCCACUUUCCAGGAAUCUUUGGUAUUUUG